UUCAGGCAGAGGUGUACGUUAGGAGACAUAGGAAGGAAGAAACUGGGUCUCUGCUAUCCUGCCAUGAAAAGACAGGCCAGUCUGAAUCAGCAGCCAUCACCCACCAGGCUACUGCAGCACUGUCCUACCCCCCCCCCCCCCCACACCCCCCCAUUCUCACACUCUCUUCCUCUCUGACUGGGGCUGCAGCGAGGCUUUCUCUGCAGUGGAAUCGCUGGCUGGUAGAAUCUCCUUGACUGCACUCUGACUGACUGACUGGCUGGCUGUGCGCAGUGAUUCUCCCGUGCUCUGCCUUGCGUUCGUCCUCACUGACUCAGCUGUGCUGUGUAGUCAGCCUGGCGUCCAGCCUCCCAGAGAACUCAACCACAGGAAGAGUCUGCCUGUCCUCCUGCCUGUCCUCCUGCAUGCCCUCUGUCUAACCUCCAGUCCAUCUGACAGGAGAGUUGUGUGGGUUGGCAGGCAGACACACUGCAGCCAGGACUGGCUAACAGCACAGUGGGACCUGGUGCCUCACUCUGAACCAGAUAAGACACCCAGGCACGACACAACCAGACCAGUGGUUCUACACUGCCCAUUACAGGACUUUCCCAAGGGAUAACUCCAGCCCAACGGACCCUGGGCUGGAUUCCACAACAGGGAGUGAUUUGGACCGGUUUAGACUGUCAUGGAGGUCCAGGGGAGUGAGGCUGAGGAGCCCAGGUUCUGGUGUCUGUUCUCCUCACGUACCACCUGGCCUCGGACCAGCCUGAUCGUCACUCUGCUGCUCAGUGUGUGGUCUGCUCAGGGCCUGGAGAUGUCCACAGGGAAGGUCCCGUUCCUGGAGGCAGUGAACGGCAGUACAGUGCUGCUUCCCUGCACCUACACUAGCUGUAUCGGCAUCAAGAACCUCUACUUCAGCUGGCAGUUCAAUGAUAAUGGCACCAUGCAGAAGGUGUGUGACUCAGUGAUUCCGUCGGACGGGAUGGAGCCUCAUCCAGUGAACAUCUUCCGGCAGAGGGUGGAGUUUGUUGGUAACAGUGAGCAGAACAACAUCUCCAUCCUGAUAUGGAACAUCACCUUUGACGAUGAGGGCCAGUACACGUGUUUCGGACGCAACCCCAAAGAAAAGGGCAAGAACCACAGCGCUAUCUUUACCCUUGUCGUGGUGGAUGAGUUACGAGUGGUGGACAACACUCUCACCAUCAUAAUUGCUUCUGCAGUGGGCGGAGCCAUCGCCCUGCUGAUGACCUUCAUGCUGGUGAAGAACUUCAUCCUCUUCGUUCUCUUCAAAAUCGAGGAGAAGAAAAAGAUCGAGUGCCUUGUAUCUUCCUCAGCAGAUGAAACAAACAAUGUCUCAGGAUCCAAAGCUUCGAAACCACCAACACCAAAGAAGAAAUGAGAGUACUUGCAUGUAUGUACAUCCAUAUAUAAAUAUACAGUUAUAUCUAUGCAUAUUUAUAUGCACAAACAUGUGUAUGCACACAUGUGACUCCAUGGGCAGGUUUCUUGGGCAGGUUUCUUGGACUGAGAAGCACGUCCGAUGGAGAUCCUUCAUUGUAAGUGUUUGUUAGUCCAAUAAGCUUAGGCUGUGUCCGGGAAACCGCCCCCAUACGUUCAAGUUGGUAUAUAAUAAAAAACAAAAAACAGGACUGUUUUUCAAAUAAUAAUAACAAAAAAAGAAUGAUUUAUUUAAAAAUGCUUGAGACAGGGAAUAAUGUAAUACUGCUGUUUAAACUGGGCUGGAUCCUGCUUCUCUGCUCCCCAACCAACCCCACAGGCCUGGGCUCCACUGAAACUGUCUACACAUUCAAAGGUUGUGUUUUGUGGAGAAUAUAUGGGAUUUUACUCCCAGUGAAAUUCAGACUCCAGUGGUAAUUUUCCACUUCAGAAUCCUAUAGAAUAUUCUCCUGAUUGGCAUGGAGUUGGCAUAGUUACUCUGAUACUCAGGUGACUCCUUUGCCUCUGUUAUAAAAUGUAGUGACCAAGGCCUCUAAAAGGGUGUUGAUGUGGUGAGGAGUGAGAAAGGAUCCUGUUCAGAAUCUAAUACCUUUUCUUUGCUUGAUAAAACACUGGUGCCUGUUAGCGCUUUUAUCUUCCUCUGUAGGGAAGACUAAAUACUGCAAAACCAUUUACGAAACGCAAAGGAAAAAUACUAAAAGCUGAUGAAUGAAAUGAUAGACAAUCGCUUGAAACUAACUCCCUAGAAAAAUGAAUGAACCUCUAAUAAUGCUGCUUUUAAGACAAAUAACCUUAAUGCAUUUAUAAGCAUGUGAAAAAAGGGCAGAUUUAGAGGCAACGCUUGAUAAUAGAAAUGUACUCUCUGCUAGGUCUUAACUGGAAUCAAAGAUUUCACUACAUGGAAUGUGAUUAGUUCUAUCUGCUUUGAAGCUGGUUCCAAAUCUGCACAUAUCAUGCCAAUCCCCACCACAUCUAGUGUGCCAACAAUGGUUGGCAAGGCUAUGCACACUUGAUUAGUGGGUCUACUGACUUAGAUAUUAACCCAACAUUUCUUCUGAGUCACUUACAAAUAGCGCUUUGCUGUACAGAACAUACUGAAACAGACCCAUAUUUUUACAUGCUGCAAUAAGUACUCAUAUGCUGCAGUGCAGCAGAAUUUAUGAUGGUUCAUUCAUGGCUCAUGAUUCGUCAUAAAUUCACCAUGUGCAAAAAACUGAUAUCUCAUUCUACGUUCAUUAGAUACCUCCAGUCACUCCACCAUAAGAACAGAUAACCCUAAAACUACAUUAAAAAUACCUCCAGUAACUCCACCAUAAGAACAGAUAUCCCUCACUCUACAUUUAUUAGAUACCUCCAGUAACUCCAUAAGAACAGAUAACCCUAAAACUACAUUAAAAAUACCUCCAGUAACUCCACAAUAAAACCAGAAACCCCUCAUGUAGUCAUUACGGUUACCUCCAUAAACUCCACCAUGAAAAUAAAUAUCCCUUACCUACAGUUAUUACUGUAAAGCCAACAUAAACAGAUGAAUGGGGCAGCAGUUACGCAGGUAGAGUGAAAAAGAAGAAAUAUCCCAUAUUGAGCAUCUGGGAGAACCUUGAGAACCCAGAUCAUAUAUAGUGACAUAUUUAGAAUGUCUCUUUUUGUAAAAUACCUCCAACCAAACAGGGGAAACCAUGUUCAAGGGAGAGUAUAAACGCGUUGUUCAGGACCUUGCUGCGCUGUCAUUCUAUUAAUAAAACAUUUGAAUGUGGACACGCCUGCGUAUUGCCGUUCCCAUAACACUGUCCCUCAAAUAAAUGCUAUCGCUGGUAGCGGGGGUCUUUGGGAAACUACUUUAGAGAGGUUUAUUUUUUAACUGAGCUACAUGUGAACUACAGGUGUGUUGUGUCAAAGUAAGCAGGGAGUAAUUGAACCCAAAUAGAUGUACAUUUAACAUGACUGUAAAGUAAAACGAAUGACCUCAGUUGUCUUAGAUGAGGACAGACAGUGGUAAAUGUACCAUCCGUUUGGAUGUGGUUCUGACUUGUCACACUCUCCUAACAUGUUACUAUGCAAAAACAAAUACCACAGACAGAAAACAGCCACAUACUCUAGGACAGACUACAGCAAUUCUAAGGUGAUCUGCUGCUCUGACCUUACAGCAUCAAGACCACAGCAAUUUUGUUUCCAUUUUACUAUGUCGAUAAUGAAAGCAAUAAAAAUCAGAGUAACAGUAAUCAGUGUGUUAUGGGAAAUUAAGUUCUGAUCCAGGGUAGAUGAGGAACAUAGGCUCAUAUUUCCAGGGUCUGUUUCUUGUGGCACUGAGUGUUUCGAAGGAGCAACAUGUACAAUUGUCACCAUAAAUUCAAUUUAUUUUGAGACUGCUUAGAGAUGCUGAGCAAUUCAAGCAAUUAAAAAAAAAAUUAUAAACUGCCUCCUUUAUCAGUAUCCAAAACAAUAUUGUUGCAAUGAUGUGAAAAACUUUUGUACAUGCUAAUGUUUUUGCUAUUGUUGUCAACCUCACAAACGAGAACCAAUCGUACAGGAAGUUACACACAACACUUUGCAGCGUCAUGCAGUAAAUAAGUAGAUUUUAUUGUUCUAGGAUAUCAUGGACGACCCCCCCCCCCCCCCGUUACUACUGGGAUGCAAUUGACAUUUGGCACUAGGUGCAAGUAGAAAUGCUACACGUAUAACCUUUAAACAAACCUCAAAUCCUGAACUGUGAAUGUGACUCAUGUCAUAUUGAUAUAUCCUCAGAAAAUUCUGUAUGGCCCCUUGCCCACGGUCUGCGUUGGACCCCUUUUAGACAACUGUAUUGAAAGAGCUGGUUAGUUGAAGCAAUACAAAAGUUCCAUGUUUUCAGUAUGGAAGAUCUGACCCUGUUGUACCAGGUUGUAGAAGCAGAAUUGCUGAAAUUGUAACCUCUGUCAUCCAUUUUUGCACUUUCGACAACAGAAUGUUUGAGACUCUUUAGUGUGCCCAGACAUCACUGACACCCUAGUCCCACAUUGCUCUGACAACAGAAUGUACAGCCAUAUUCCUCUCCACAGAGUCCCCUCAGUGUCCCACGUAAUCUUUCCACCAUGCAUAUCAGCUCUAUUUUUAUUUAUUAUAAAAGCCACAAACCAAUAAAUUUUUGUACAAAACAAUGCAUUGUCCCUUGUUGUCUGUCAAAACUUUAAAUCUUAACCAGUUACCACAAUAAAGUCUAUUUAAACAUAC